CGUGUGUCGGCAUGUGUGUAAAUGGAUAAAUAAAGACAGAGCGAGCCAACUCCUGUGAAGGUCACUGAUCUGCCAAAGGGCCAGCACGCUGAAAGCCACUGGUCACUGGUGUUUAAACGAACAACAGGCGUCUUUGCUGUGUUUGUUUGCUAAACAUUCAAAUGUGAAGGUUUAGCUGUACUAUGAAGGAAGGGUUUGUUUAUGGGUGUGUUGAAUCUCACUCUGUGCUUACUUUAAUUAAAAAGCAUGGGUAAACUACACUUAGUUGAGAUGUAUAGAUUUUUCUCUCUUGCAAAACUAACAGGAUGAAACCACACUCUUCAAUCACCCUUGUCUUUUCGUUAAUAAUUUUAUUCACUGUCUCUAGAUUUUCUCGUCUUCGGAGCCUCAAUCUCUCCAACAACCACCUUGGCCAGUUCCCCCUGGCUAUCUGUGACAUACCCACUCUGACAGAGGUCAACCUCAGCUGUAACUACUUGGCCUCUGUCCCCAGCUCUGUGGGUGCCAUGACCAAUUUGCAGACAUUCCUACUGGAUGGAAACAGCUUAAAUGAACUGCCCAAUGAGCUGGGUUCCUUGCAGAGGCUGAGUUACUUGGGCCUUUCCUUCAAUCAGUUCAACCACGUGCCCCAGGUGCUGGAGCGGCUGUCCUCCAUGGAGAAGCUCUGCAUGGCUGGCAACCACCUAGAGACUCUUACCCUGCAGAAUUUCAGACUGCUCCAUGUCAAACACAUCGACCUAAGGUUGAAUAAAAUCUCCAUCAUGGUGCCGGACGAGCCUGACCUACUGAGGCACGUGACCCAGCUGGACGUGAGGGAUAACAGGCUGACGGAGCUGGACGCCUCGGUCUUCCCCAGGCUGGAGGUGCUUCACUGCGAAAGGAACCACAUCACCAGCCUGAAGGCUAAGGGCUGCUUGCUCAAAGGCAUCUACGCCUCCAACAAUGAGCUCCGACUGCUAGAUGUCAGCCCUGUGCCCUCCAAUCUGAGUUACAUGGAUAUCUCGAGGAACCAUAUGGAGUCCUUGCCAGACUGGCUAUGUGAAGCUAAGAAACUGGAAGUCCUGGACGCGAGCCACAACCUCAUUGCUGAGCUACCGGCACGGUUGUUAUGCAGCAACAGUCUGAGGAAGCUCAGUGCUGGACAUAACCAGCUGCAGAAGCUGCCUGAAAGAGUUGAGCGCCCUCUGCUGGAGGUUUUGGAUGUACAGCACAAUCAACUGGUUGAGUUGCCCUGCAACCUGUUCCUCAAAUCUGACAGCUUACGAUGCGUAAAUGCAUCAGCUAAUAAGCUGGAGCACCUGCCACCAUCCAGUCUGUCAGAGGAAAGCCACAGCAUCCUGCAGGAAUUCUACCUGACCAAUAACCGACUGACAGACAAGUGUGUACCCAUGCUAACAGGCCAUACACACCUACGAGUUUUGCACAUGGCCUACAACCAUCUCCAGACCUUCCCGGCCAGUAAAAUGGCUAAGCUGGAGGAGCUGGAGGAGGUGGACCUGAGUGGCAACAUGCUGAAAACUGUCCCCACCACCAUUAUGAACUGCCGGCGAAUGCACACACUCAUAGCCCACUCUAAUGCCAUUGAAGUCUUUCCUGAAGUCAUGCAGCUGAUGGAGAUGAAAUGUGUGGACCUGAGCUGUAAUGAGCUGAGUGAGAUCACUCUACCAGAGAAUCUACCCCCAAAGCUCCAGGAGCUGGACCUCACUGGAAACCCUCGCCUAAACCUGGACCACAAGACCCUCGAGCAGCUAAACAAUAUUCGCUGCUUCCGUAUCGAUCCACCUCCGACCUUUUCAUCGAGUGAGGCAUCUGGCGGGCCUGCUGUGUGGAGUCAUGGUUACACAGAGGCCUCGGGCGUCAAGAACAAACUCUGUGUUGCUGCCCUUUCGGUAAACAGCUUCUGUGGGAGUCGUGAAGCUCUGUAUGGUGUGUUUGAUGGAGACAGGAAUGUGGAAGUGCCCUACCUCCUGCAGUGCACAAUGAAUGAUGUGCUGGCGGAAGAAAUUCACAAGACGAAGAGCGAAGAGGACUAUAUGACCAACACCUUCCUUGUCAUGCAAAGGAAGCUUGGAACUGCAGGACAGAAACUGGGUGGCUCGGCAGCUCUGUGUCACAUUCGCCAUGACCCCACUGACCCUGGUGGCUGCUUCACCCUCACAGCUGCUAAUGUGGGAAAGUGCCAGGCCAUUCUGUGCCGUGAUGGAAAGCCGUUGUCUCUGUCACUCCUUCACAAUGUAGGGCUGGAGGAGGAAUACCGCAGGAUCAGGCAGCACAAAGCUAUCAUCACUGAGGACAACAAAGUGAACGGUGUAACUGAUUCUACACGAAUCAUGGGCUACUCCUUCCUCUACCCUUCUGUCAUCCCUUGUCCCUAUGUGCAGACAGUCACUCUAACCCCUCAGGAUGAGUUCUUCAUUCUCGGUAGCCGUGGCCUGUGGGAUGCUGUGUCCCCCACAGAGGCUGUGGAGGCUGUUCGGAAUGUCCCCGAUGGCCUGGCUGCUGCUAAAAAGCUUUGCACAUUGGCGCAGGGCUACGGCUGCACCGACAGCCUCAGCGCCGUCGUUGUGCAGCUCAAUGUGAGUGAAGACUGCUGUUCCUGCUGUUGUUCUGACCCUCCCCAGCCACCUCCCAGUCCAGGCUUGGGACCUUAUCCUCCAUCAUCCUCUGCCAUCAAGGAGAGACCCUCAGACGGCUCCCUCCCUGUUCCCCCCUCCUCCUGCAGUGAAAUUAGCAGUGAGAUUAGCACCAGCGAGAUGAGCAGUGAGGUGGGCUCUACCGCCUCAUCUGACGAGCCUCCACAGAGCUCCUUGGUCCUACUGCAAGAGCAGUCCCACCACCCUCACCUUCACUUGCACCAUCAGGCCCACUUGCUGCCUCUACAGCACCAGCAGGCUCACACAAGUACCCAGCCCUGCCACUAUCUUUUCCCGGGUUCAGAGCUGCCUUCAUCCCGAAGCUGCUGUGCCCUCCACCCUGCCUGCUUAGCACACUCCUUUCAGAGGCAGCUCUCUAGUGCCACUUUCUCCAGCGCCCUUUCUGACAACGGGCUGGACAGCGAGGAUGAAGAGCCCAUCGCUGGGGUUUUCUCUAACGGUAGCCGUGUGGAAGUAGAGGCAGAUGUUCACUGCCUGAAAGCACAGUCCUGCUUGUCCUCAUCACCCAAAACACCGGUACCCUCAUCCUCCAGUCAGGAACGCAACCUGCUCACACUUCCCCCACCUCCUCCACCACCGUGCACCCCAGAGCCCCUAGAGGAGGGGCUUGACAUGAGCCAAGGGGAGGCUGAGAACGGGCUUGAAAGGGAUGAGUCAUGGCCGGGAGCUGGAGUGGGAUGUGGGGAUGGAGGGAAGCUAGCAGGCAAGAGAAGGGUUAAUGGGUCCGUGGCACAGCAGGAAAAGAGCCACAACCUUAUUGAGGUGGCUGCUGAUGCUCCCUCCAAGAAGUCCGGGGGUUACUUCACAGCUCCAGCCCAACCUGACCCAGACGACCAGUUCAUCAUCCCACCCGAGCUGGAGGAAGAGGUGAAGGAAAUCAUGAAGCAGCAUCAGCAGAAACAGCAGAAGCCUGCUGGGACAGAUCAACCCACAGACUACUAUGACACCCCUCUCUGAACAGCAGUACCAACUUUGGCCCUUAUCUUCUUUACAUGAACUAAACUGGUCUGAUUUUCCUACACAUGGACACAAACAAAUGAGAUUCGGCGAGAGGCUGUAAAAUGCACACUGAAAAGUUUCAUCGAGCUUUUUCUGUGUAGUCUCUCUUCUCCACGCAGCCCUGUCAUUGGAGAGAAAUGCACUGUAACCCGCUCCAGUUAUAGAAUAAAACAAGCAAAUGAGCCCUUUAAUGAUACUCAAUCCUCUUGAAAAGCCUAUGGACGCAGCUCCAAGUGUCCAUGGUCGUGCCCUUCUCACAGACUGUGGAACAUUUAUUUUUUACAUUAGACAACCAGCUGAGUAUGUAAUCAACACUAGUCUCUUUGCUAUAGCAUUAGCUUGCCACAACACUUGUUAAUAUAAAUAACAAUUCAAUGGUUUGUUUGUUUGUUUUUUAAAGAACUUACCAUAUCUUUUAAUGUGAAGGCAGUGAAGUUUCUGGAAGAACUUUUUAAAAGCAGAGACACAUAAUCUUUUUAUUAUCAGUGAACUAUGUUGAAUGGUACACCAAUAAUACCACAUCUAACUGUUGUAGAUAGGGCACUUACAAUACUGUAUUUCUUCAGUAAAUCAUGGCUCUUGGCCUGUAAAAUGGCAUAGAAAUUUUUUUGUAGAAAUUUUCAAUACUAACUCCUAGGAGUUGCAUACUCUUUAUGGUGACUCAGUCACUUUUACUAAUCUUCUCUGAGAGAAAUGGUGAUUUUUUUUUUCUCCAAUGAUUGUAAAUAAGAGAAAUGUUGUAUACUGAGGCUUUUAAAGGAACUGUAUGUCGGUGAAGGUUUUAGUGGCGGGGAGGACGCGUUUGUUUGCAGUUAUGGAGGUGUCACCCUCCCUUUCCCCUUUAUCUUACAGUGUAAGCCCACACACACACACACACACAGACACACAAAUGUAAAUGUGCAGUAGCAGGUCAGAAAACCCAACAUUCCAUGCAGUAUAACUACACUAAGUGGCUCUGGUUUGCUCCACUCCAAUUGUGAUGUCCUGUAGUCAUCACUGCAUCUACUGAACACUAAUCGACCGAUCUUUGCAUGCACACACACACACCCAUGCAGACAUGACAUGCAUACAAGCACAUAUACACAGACACUUGGUUAAUAUUAGUCCCACCUCCCUCCUACAGUAACUGUUAUCACCGGCAUGACUGUGUCAAGUUCAGUAAUACAAACAAAUAUAUCCACAUGGAAAAGAAACAACACAAAUGUUCCUGU